UCCUUUAAGCUGCAGUGUAACUGACUGUGUGUCACUUCAUCAGAGGUGGACGUACUUUUCUUUUCGCUCAGUGGGUUGGAGGUUGCAUUAGACGACUGACAAUCGUUUCACUUAACGUCCCUUUCAUAGUAUCAAUGAACGUAACAAUUUUAGAGAUCGGAUGCCGAGGAUUACUUAGGGAGCAAGCCACUCGGCACAGAGCGCACGGAGAGGACGCACACGCGUACUGUUUUAGUGUUUUAUUUUCCUCUCAGCUCACUGACAUGGUUUGAACACUGCUCUUGUUGCUGAGGACUGAGUCUGAAGGUGUCCACAUCCUGUCUUUUUGGAGAAGAUCAGCUCAGAGUUCCAGGGAAGAUGCAUCGGCUGAAAGUGUCGCAUCUGUGGCUGCUGCUGGUCACUGUGUUGUCGGUCAGCGGAUUUCCCACCAAAUUACAGAGGACUUCAGUCAGAGACAGACACACUUCAGCGUCUCCUGCUAAGGUGAUAGCAAAGCAAAGCCAUGGCGAUGAUCAUCAGACUCUUCAAGAGCUGCAACAAGAGAACCUGCUCCAGACUCUGCCCUCCAGUCCCUCUUCACACAGGUCCAGACACCGUUGGUCACAGCACCUUCACCAGGGUGUCCUUCCCCCUCCUGAACCUGAGGAGGACACUGAUCCAUUCAUCCUGGACCUAAGGAACUUCCCAGAGCUGUCCAAUGCAGACAUAAGUUCACAGAACCCUAAUAUCCAGGUGACCAUCGAGGUGGUGGACGACAGCCAGACUGGGAUGGAGGUGGAGAUGGACCUGGCCAAGGAGGGUCAGCGUAAUGACUGGUCAUUGUCCUCCUCAGAGUGGGCCAACAGCAACAAGAAGCUAUUCUGGCCACUCUUCUGGGAGUACCCGGAGCAGUCGGAGAAUGGGCUGGGAAGAGCCAGUUCAGAGGGGCAGUCUGAGGACUACAACUAUGACCCAGAUGAGCUCAUCCUCAGUGGAGUUGGGGGGGAUGGAGGUGGUCACUGGAACAAAGACUGGCAAGCCAAGGAUAACUAUGAGUAUGAGGAGGAGUGGAGCCACUGGGCUUCCUGCAGCGUUACUUGUGGACACGGCACCCAGAAACGCACCCGUUCCUGCGGCUACGCAUGCACUGCGACUGAGUCACGCACUUGUGACCUGGAGAGUUGUACUGACACUGUGUUUUCAGCGACUCCCCUGCCACCCAUCCAGACCACCAACAGUACCGAUUUCUUGGACACAAAUGUAGACAGCUGUGAGAAGUGGCUAAGCUGCAAGAAUGACUUUCUUCAGAAGUACCUGCAUCAAGUGCUCACUGAACUCCCCAGCUGCCCCUGCUCCUAUCCCUCUGAGGCUGUUUACAAUGCUGUCAACAUCCAUGACACUAAACUUCACAAAACCUACCGCUGGAGGGACGCAAGUGGACCCAAGGAACGCCUGGACAUAUACAAACCAUCAGCCAGAUUCUGCAUCCGCUCAAUGCUGUCGUAUGACAGUCCAACGUUAGCAGCACAGCACUGCUGUUAUGAUGAUCAGAUGAGACUGAUAACACGAGGAAAAGGAGCAGGAGCUCCAAAUUUAAUCAGUACAGAGUUUUCUCCGGAGCUACAUUACAAGGUGGAUGUUCUGCCCUGGAUACUGUGCAAAGGGGACUGGAGUCGGUUUCACUCAGUAAGACCACCUAAUAAUGGGCUGGAAUGUGAAGAUAACCCUCCUGAACAAGUGUUUCAGAUAGAACUAAAAGAAGCCCGGGAAUACUGACAUAAUUUUUCCUGACCGUGGACACAAACUUUGAUGAGCAGAAAAAACUGCAAUGCUUAUAUGUAUAUAACUCUUGGCUGCUCAAAUUGUUGGUAACUUCAGUUUAAAACAAAAAGGACGUAACUUUCAAAUCAUACAGAAAUAUGAACGGAUGACAUAGACAAGAAAGACUGGUGGAGCUUUUUUAUUCUUACGUGUAGACUCUUUGUUCAGAAAUGAAAAACACUGGUGUUGGAACCAUUGAAAGCGCAAUGAAAAUCAGUGUUACAUAUGUAAAUGUGAAUUUUAUCAGCUAAUCCCCUUCCAUGUGAGUUGCUGCUUCUCUUUUUAUGCCGAUCUGAAUGUUUAUUGGUCAUGUCUGUUUUUUGUGCACAGAGUGUGUGUAUGAGUCUGUAUGUGUGUGUGUAUGAGAGUAUGGAGGAUAAGCUUAUUUAUUGGCCCCUUUACAAUUUUACACAUAUCAAAGUUUCAUGAAAGGAACUCCUGUUUAUAAAUAGGGAACAAAUGUUCACCUUAACAUUAAAUAUGAUGCAAGUGGUACCUGUCUAUGAAAAUUUUUUCUUGUCUGAAAACUUGAAAAAACUUCAAUUGUAUCCCCAUUUGAUUUUGCUGCUAAACAUUUGCAAGUUAGUUCUAACUAAAUGUCUCUUAAGAACCAGUUUGCCAUGGGCUAGAGCCACCUUAGAGCCACAUGAUAACAUCACGACAUAUGUCAUUGUUUAAAUAUCUGAUUUCCCAGCAACACAUAUGCCGACUACAAGGUGGGGUUGGGUGAUUGGACAAAUAAAUUGUCUAUCAGUGA